ACGGGUGGGGGACACAACAGUUCUCUGAAGGUGGCAAAUCUCUGGGAAGCUUCACUGCAAGGGCUGCAGAUGGGACCGUAAAGGGCCACCGAGUACUUUUAUAAACAAGCCCGGAAUUCACCGAAGACCAAGGCGGGCUAACAGGGGCUUUGGGACCAGACUCACUUUCUCCCCAUGAGUAAAGAUUACAGUCCCUCUUCCUCAUUGGAUUUACACGCGCUAAUUAGCCACCGGGCCUUUAGAAUCCUUACUGGCUUAACUUUGCCCCACCACCUUGUUGCAAGCAGUUAACUCUUUGUUACCAGGCAGAUCAGGCCAGUGGGGAGACAUGGAGCCCAUUUACGCUACAGGGAUGGCAGCCAAGCUGCGUAGUCAGUGGGACCGGGACAGUGGCCUGGGGCAGAACCACAAGGCCAUUAAGUUUCUGGGGCAGGACUACGAGAUGCUGAGGGCGCAGUGUCUGCAGAGCAGGACCCUGUUCGAGGACAGCUACUUCCCAGCCUCUGCCUCCUCCCUGGGUUAUAAUGAGCUGGGGCCACGCUCCUCCAAAACAUGUGGUGUGCGCUGGAUGAGACCACCGGAGAUCUGCUCACGUCCUCAGUUCAUUGUAGAUGGAGCCACACGCACAGAUAUCUGUCAGGGGUCUCUUGGUGACUGUUGGCUCCUGGCUGCAAUUGCGUCUCUCACUCUUAACGAUAACUUGCUGCACCGAGUGGUUCCACAUGGACAGGGCUUUAGCAGUGGCUAUGCAGGCAUCUUCCACUUCCAGUUUUGGCAGUUUGGCGAGUGGGUAGAUGUGGUUGUUGAUGACAGAUUGCCAGUGAAGGAUGGGAAGCUACUGUUUGUUCACUCAGCGGAAGGCGGGGAGUUUUGGAGUGCUCUGGUGGAGAAGGCCUAUGCCAAGCUGAAUGGCUGCUAUGAGGCUCUCUCAGGUGGCAGUACAUCAGAAGGCUUUGAGGACUUCACUGGUGGAGUGACCGAAAUGUAUGAGCUGAGGAAAGCUCCAUCUGAUCUCUACAGCAUCAUUCAGAGGGCUGUGGAGAGAGGAUCCCUGCUUGGCUGUUCUAUAGAUAUCACCAGCAAAUUUGACAUGGAAGCAGUCACCUUCAAGAAACUGGUUAAAGGCCACGCCUACUCAGUGACUGCUGUAGAUGAGGUGGUUUUCAGAGGGACCCCCACCAAGCUAGUGCGCAUUAGAAACCCUUGGGGAGAAGUGGAAUGGACUGGAGCCUGGAGCGACAAUUCUAGAGAGUGGGACAGUGUGGACUCAUCCACCAGAAGCAGAUUAUACAACCGCAGUGAGGAUGGAGAGUUCUGGAUGUCUUUCAGGGAUUUCCUGCAGGAAUUCAGUAGGCUGGAGAUCUGUAAUCUGACGGCAGAUGCUCUGGAGAUGAGUCAGGUCAAGAAAUGGAGCACGUCUCUCUAUCAGGGCGAGUGGAGAAGAGGCAGCACUGCUGGAGGCUGCAGGAACUUCCCAGCUACAUUCUGGAUCAACCCUCAGUUCAAAAUCAAUCUUACAAACCCUGACAAAGUGGGCAGCUCCGACUGCAGCUUUCUGGUGGCUCUGAUGCAGAAAGACCGCAGGAAGAAACGGAAAGAAGGCCAAGACAUGGAGACCAUCGGCUUCGCCAUCUACGAGGUUCCUAGAGAGUGCGUGGGUCAGUCAGGAGUGCACCUAAAGCGAGAUUUCUUCCUCACACAUGCGUCCAGUGCUCGAUCUGAGCUGUUCAUUAACCUGAGAGAGGUCAGCUCCCGUUUCAGACUGCCAGCCGGAGAGUACAUUGUCGUCCCCUCCACGUUUGAACCACAGAAAGAGGCUGACUUUGUGCUCCGUGUCUUCUCGGAGAAACCUGCUGACUCCCAAGAGCUGGAUGAUGAGGUCACAGCUGAUCUCCCCCCAGAGAAAACUUUAGAUGAGAGUCAGAUUGAUGCUGGAUUUAAGAGUCUCUUCAGGCAGCUGGCUGGAGCGGACAUGGAAAUCAGUGCUACUGAGCUCCAGACCAUCCUGAACAGAAUCAUCAGCAAACACAAGGACCUGAAGACAGAUGGCUUUGGUCCAGAGACCUGCCGCAGUAUGAUUAACCUCAUGGAUACUGAUGGCAGUGGUAAACUGGGUCUCACUGAGUUCCACGUCCUGUGGGAGAAAAUUAAACGCUAUCUGACAGUGUUCAGGCAGUUUGAUCUGGACAAAUCUGGGAGCAUGAGCUCAUAUGAGAUGCGCAUGGCUCUCGAAGCAGCAGGCUUUAAGUUGACCAAUCAUUUAUUCCAGCUGAUCAUCCUGCGUUACACAGAGCAGGACCUGACUGUUGACUUUGAUAACUUUGUCACCUGCCUGGUGCGCUUGGAGACCAUGUUCAAGACGUUUAAGACGUUAGACACAGAUGCUGAUGGAUACAUAUCCCUAAACUUCAUCCAGUGGAUAUCUUUGACCAUGUUUGCAUGAACAGACAGACAUACAGAUGCCUGUAUGCCUGCACUGAGACCCCCACACCCCUCCCCCUCAUCCAGAAGUGCCUUUUUCUUACACUUUAUUUCUCAAGGUGAUGGGAUCAGUCAGGUUUUUAUUUGUCUCUCUUUAUCUGUUUGUGAAUUGGUUUAGGGACUGAUCUAAGGUUUUAAGGCUUUAAACUGUAUUGGUUCAUAGAGAACAAAAGCCAAUCCGAGGGCAUGCUAGCAUAAGCCAAAACCUGCGUUCUGAUAAAAUCAUAACUUCUGCCUUCAUCAGUGUCCACUCUUUUUUUUGAUAAGUGCCAAACACUCUAGUGACGGCUGUUUCAUUUGUUUACAAUGUCUGCAAUGCCAAGAGACACAGUAUACCAGUCAUGCUUGUCCAGUGAGACAGAGACCUUCACCUUACUCCCAGAGUUAAGCCUGUUUACACUUGUAAAAACUCUGUGCCAAAUGGAUCAUUUCCAUGGCUUCUCAAUCUUAAUCAACCAAUCAGUGCCAGUGUCACCACCUGAGAUGGAGUGUGGAGACUGGGGGAAAAAAUCUGUGUGCGCAGUGACCGUUAAAGCACUGUUCUGUGUGGGAUUUCUGGUGAAAUUAAUUGUUUAUCUUUGUUUUUUUGUAUUUUAAAAAGUAUUUUUUAUAUGAAACACAUUCUGAAUCAGUCAUACCUGAAACUCUGGUUAAUGAAUGCAUCUUCUGGUGCUCAGUCGUUCAAGCAUGGUGACAUCAUUUGCGACAUUUUUCAACCAGAUUUCUUCUCUCAGUAGGUUAAAAAUGCCCCUUACAUACAGUGAUGUAUGGCAUGAUUUCUGCAUCAGGAACAGCAUGCUGGAAGCACUUGUGGCUGGAUGUAUUGAAAGUGAUUUAUGUGCAUGAUGUCAAACACUCUGAAAUUCUGCCUCUUCUUAUGCUGCAGUUCAUACAGAUCAUUUUCUGCUUUAAAUACAUUUCCCAAAUGUUCAGUCUGAUGAAACCUUUUUGCUUUUAUGUCUGUUGUGAAAUGCAAGUGGAAAAAACAAAAUGAAAACUGAUUAAACUGUGGAUGCAGAGAUGCAUAACAUUAAUGGAAACAGAUGACACGAUGUAUUCUUGCCAAAUGGCUGCAGUAUAAAAGAUUUGCAGAUAUGUAAUCAUUUGUGUUUUUUCCUUGACAGUGCCUGUAGGGUCAGGUGUUCUCUAUGCCUUUUAAAUACUCUGAUAAAAAGGUACUUUCUGGAUUUUUUUUUUCUGUUUUUUUUUUUUUUUAUAAUAGUCAUGUUGCAUAUGUGUUGUAUUAUCAAUAAAUACAUUUUUAAAAAGA